GACGGCAUUUUCAACGCCGAUGACGCCGCGUGGAGAGACCAGCGCCGCGCCGCCACCGCCGAGAUUCACUCCUCGCGCUUCGUCGAAUACUCUGCCGAUACCAUUCGUGAACUUGUGCACCAAAAGCUACUCCCACUGCUCCGCCGGCUAGCCGAAAAGUCCACCGUCGUCGAUCUCCAAGACGUGUUCCUGCGGUUCACGUUUGACAAUAUCUGCACGGCGGCUUUCGGGGUGGACCCUGGCUGCCUCGCUGCUGACUUACCGGAAGUUCCGUUCGCGAAGGCGUUUGAGGAGGCCACGCGGUUUACCCUUUUUCGGUUCCUGGUGCCGCCUCCUGUUUGGAAGAUUAUGAAGGUGUUGGACGUGGGGACAGAGAGGAGGCUCAGGAUUGCUAUCCGUUCCGUACAUGAGUUCGCGGAAAAAACGGUACGAGACCGCAAGGCUGAUCUUUGCUUUAACGAGCGGUCAGAUUUGCUGUCAAGGCUCAUGAGUAGGGAGCAAGGAUACUCUGAUAAGUUUCUUAGUUUUAAGGACUUUUGCAUUAGCUUCAUACUGGCAGGGAGAGAUACUAGCUCGGUAGCGCUGGCAUGGUUCUUUUGGUUACUUCAUAAGCACCCUCGCGUGGAGCGGCAGGGGGGGCAGAUUCUCGCCGAGAUAUUGGCGAUAAUAAAGCAGAGAGGAGUCGCUGCAGCGGCGGUUGAAUUGGACGAGGCGGUGUUUACCGUCGAUGAGUUGAAGAGGAUGGAGUAUCUGCAUGCGGCAUUGACGGAGUCUUUAAGGCUUUAUCCAUCGGUGCCAAUGGACUUUAAGGAGGCGUUGGAAGACGACGUGUUGCCGGAUGGGACGAGGAUAAGGAAAGGCGGAAGGGUAAUAUACUUGAUAUACGCUAUGGGGAGGAUGGAAGGGAUAUGGGGGAAGGAUUGUAUGGAGUUCAGGCCGGAGAGGUGGUUAAAGAAGAGUGUUUUUACAGUGGAGAACCCGUUUAAGUAUGUUGUGUUUAAUGCUGGGCCGAGAUUGUGUGUGGGGAAGAAAUUUGCGUACAUGCAGAUGAAAAUGGUGGUGGCGGCGAUGCUGCUGAGGUAUAAGGUGGUGGUGGAGGAAGGGCAGAAGGUGGUGCCGAGCUUGACGACUACGCUUUACAUGAGGGAUGGACUUAAAGUGACGGUGGAAGCAAGGAAGCAAGGAAGCAAGGAAACCGGGCGUGAAUAAGAUUGGAUCAUGCUUCCAAAUAAAAAAUAAAAAUAAUA